AUGUUCAACGUAACUGGAUGUUUAGAUAUAAAGCGCUUAUCGGGUAUAUGGUGUGUUGAACUCCACUUCGUUGCACUUCGUUACGUUCAACUGUUUAUAGAUUACAGUAGGUUCAUAGGUUACAGGUGUGUUGAACUCCACUUCGUUUCACUUCGUUACGUUCAACUGUUUAUAGAUUACAGUAGGUUCAUAGGUUACAGGUGUGUUGAACUCCACUUCGUUGCACUUCGUUACGUUCAACUGUUUAUAGAUUACAGUAGGUUCAUAAGUUACAGGUGUGUUGAACUCCACUUCGUUGCACUUCGUUACGUUCAACUGUUUAUAGAUUACAGUAGGUUCAUAGGUUACAGGUGUGUUGAACUCCACUUCGUUGCACUUCGUUACGUUCAACUGUUUAUAGAUUACAGUAGGUUCAUAGGUUACAGGUGUGUUGAACUCCACUUCGUUGCACUUCGUUACGUUCAACUGUUUAUAGAUUACAGUAGGUUCAUAGGUUACAGGUGUGUUGAACUCUACUUCGUUGCACUUCGUUACGUUCAACUGUUUAUAGAUUACAGUAGGUUUAUAGGUUACAGGUGUGUUGAACUCCACUUCGUUGCACUUCGUUACGUUCAACUGUUUGUAGAUUACAGUAGGUUCAUAGGUUACAGGUGUGUUGAACUCCACUUCGUUGCACUUCGUUACGUUCAACUGUUUAUAGAUUACAGUAGGUUCAUAGGUUACAGAGUCUGUAAAUUGAUGGAAGGUCAUCACUUUGUGAUAUCACCAAGCUAUUCUCUUGACCCAGAAGUAGAUGGACAUACUGAUAUUGUUAAUAAACAUGUGUCUGGCCUAGCAAAACUAGAGCAAAUUAAGAAUUUAGGAUCAAAUUAA